AUGGACCUCAGAGGCGAUGACCGCGUGAAGAUGGCCGACUUCCGCUUCGGUUGCCAGGCGAUGGGUUACAAAGGCGACAUCAACCUCAUGUUCGACCUGCUCGAUGUGGACCGGACGAAGUUCUUAUCAUGGAACGAGACCGCCUGGAUCUCCGGCGUGGAGAUACCGACAGUCCCGCCGACACGCAUCGAUGUUGGCAUGAAGACGAUCUCGGGGAAUUUCACCAAGCUCACAAAGCAGCAGCAGAGGCGAGCAGAUGCUGUGUCGCGCGACUUCCGCGUGCGCACGAAGCGUUUCGAGGGCCGCGCACGUGGAGAGCUUCCUGACAGCAGCCCCACUGCCGGCACCAGCAUCUUUGCACCCGGCUUGAAGUUCAACGAGCAUCUUCCCAAAGCUCGGUCUACGGGCGCCCUGCCGACUUCCGCUUCGAUGGCCUCGACCGCGACUUCCUGGCGAAGUCAGAAGAGCUCCGAGCCCGAUCUUCCAGACUGGUACCUGAUCUCCGAGGGUCGCCUACAGUCUCCACAGCCGAAGCCGAAGGCGGAUCUAUCUUUCCCGUUGGCGCCACAAUGCCCCGGCAAGGGGGGCUGGCCCUGCCGAAAGCUGCGUCUUGUCGACACCUUCUGGGGUGGAAGCAAGGACAUCGGCAAGCUUCUUACACCUCUGAGCCAGGGGGCUGUUCUGCCAGACGAUUUGGAACGCUGGCAGAAGAUGAGUCUCCCGGACUAA